AUGUUGUAUUUGGAUGGUAUUGUGUCAAGUAUUAGAAAAAUUCCUGGAUAUCCUGUUAUUUCUCGCUAUAUAAAGUCUUCGUAUCAAAAUGAUCCAGUUCGUUCUAUAAUUGAACUUCUUCUUAUUUUUUUUAUUAUAAGGUAUAUUCUUUCAACCAAAUAUAGUCCGGAAAAGAAUAAUUAUGUGAAGCUUUCAGAAAAGGAAAUUGAUGAUUUAGUAGACGAAUGGGUUCCUGAAAAUCUUGUUUCUGAUUUAACUGAAGCUGAGAAAUCUGAAAUAGAGAAGAUUCCUAUUAUAAUUGGAAGUACUGGUUCUAAAGUUCGACUCACUUCAUCCCCUACAAGAACAAUAAUAAAUCUUUCGUCAUAUAAUUUUUUGAAUUUUAUCUCCUCUGAGUUGUUACAAAAAAAGGCAAUUGAAGCGUUGCGAAAAUAUGGUGUUGGUGCAUGUGGUCCACCUGGAUUUUAUGGAACUCAAGAUGUACAUAUGGUUUUGGAACAAAUGGUUGCAAAUUUUCUUGGAACUGAAUCUGCAAUCCUUUAUUCUCAAACAUAUUCUACUAUUUCUUCUGUUAUACCUGCAUUUUCAAAACGCGGUGAUAUUCUAGUUGUUGAUCGUGGAGUAAAUUUUGCAAUUCAAAAAGGGAUUCAAAUAUCUCGUUCUACCAUACGAUGGUUUGAUCAUAAUGAUAUUUCUUCUCUCGAAGAUGUUUUAGAAAAUAUUCGUAUUGAUCAAAUGGUCUCACAUAAGCCUCUUUCACGAAGAUUUAUUAUUGUAGAGGGAUUAAGUGAAACUUUUGGAGAUAUUUGUAAUUUGGCAAAAAUAAUUGAACUCAAGAAAAAGUAUAAAUAUCGAUUAAUACUUGAUGAGUCAUGGUCAUUUGGUACAUUGGGAAGAUGUGGACGUGGAGUGACUGAGUAUUAUGGAUGCGACCCUCAGGAUGUUGAUAUUUUAGUUGGAUCUUUGAGUACUUGUCUCUGUAGUGGAGGUGGGUUUUGUGCAGGUACCUCAGAGAUUGUAGAACACCAGAGGAUAACUGGGGCUUCUUAUGUUUUUUCUGCUGCAUUGCCUGCGUCUCUUGCUGUAAUUGCUUCACAAGCAAUACUUAUGCUUCAACAACCGUCUUCUUCUGAUUAUUUUACUGCUUUAAGAAAGAAUUCUAAUAUAUUUCGUUCGAUAAUUGAAAUGAAUGAAUUUAUAGAUAUAAGUAGUCAUAAAGAUAGUCCUAUUGUCAUUUUUCGUAUAAAAAAAGAGUUUUUAGAGAAAUAUGGUUGGUCCUUUGAGGAAACAGAGGGGGUUUUGCAAGAAAUUGUAGAUGAAUGUCUUAAUAAUGGUAUACUUAUUAUGCGUGUUAGAAAAAUUAAUUCUCAAGAGAUUUGGGAAUUCGGUCCAAGUAUUCGUAUUUGUAUAAAUAUUGGUUUGUCGAAAAAAGAGACUGAAAAAUCUGCUAUAAUUGUAAAAUCUGCGAUUAGUAAAGUUUUAAAAUUAAGAAGAUAA